GUUUACCUUCUCCAGAGAUAUGCGCCCUCUAUAAAAGAGAGGUCUCGCCCACUCCCCCCGGAUAUAUGUUCUUGUGUGUUACUGUAGUCUUACCAUCUUUACUAUAGCCACCUUCAUCUGUCACUUAAACGACCAUCAGCGGUAAAGAGCCGAAGUGAGAAUGGCGGACGUCGAGCAGAACGUUAGCGACCUGGCCAAAGAGUCGAAGCAAAAAGAUGCCAAGAGCCUUCUUCCCCCCAUCCCUCUGAUUAUUCUCGCGCCCGUCCUGGUUCUCGUGGCUCUCAUUGCCGUGGCCGUUCCGAGCUCCGUCGUCCUGAACAAAGCCAGUGAAGACACUACUGACCUUUUGGCUGGAGAGUAUUUAAGGGCGCUGUUAGCCAAUGUUAAAGUACAGGCGGAGGCGCCCGCCAGAAACCUAGUGCCCCUCGUCAACAGCCUGUUGAAGAAUCCCGCCACGUCCGAAACAUUCAAUAGUAAUUUCACGGCCAAGUCCUUAACCACUGGGUCGAUCAUCCCCACCAUUCUCUCCUUGGGGGAGACAUACGAGAUGUCUACCCUCACCUGCUAUUCGGCCCAUUGGAAGUCCGGAUAUGAUGCAAAUACCCCCCUCGUCAACGACUGCUAUGACUGGAUGUCCAUGGUGGACUACGGUGUGCUGCAAUACACCAUCUACACCGGGAUAUCGUUCCUAGGUGUGACCGAGCCAGGAAAAGCCGAGGGAACGCGCCCAGCCUAUCCGGGGUGCGCCGCAGGAACGUACAUGAAUCAGACCGGAUACUUUUACUUGAACUCCACCUCUGGAUAUCCCUCGGCGCUACAGUACAAACCGCUUAUCGGUGUUCCGAAAGCCGAUCCCUUCACCUACAACAUCGAGCCAAAGAUGUUGUCAGAUUGUAUGAUGAUUUUGGGGAAGGAGCCUCCAACGCCUGCGAUCCCCGAAUUCUCCAUUGCUCGGCUGCAAAACGGCUGGAAGCUUGGUGUUGUGGGCUCAAGGCACUACGCCGCUGGCGCGACUAGACCCGACUACUCAUGUGUCGCGGGUUUCCGCAUUGACGAUGUGUGGAACGAUUUACUUCGCGCAUUGAAACCCCCUGUAGCCAACAGCGUGGUGGCCUUGUUCUUCCAGGACGCCAACUUCACCAUCGCAGCCAGCAGUAACAUGAUCGUUGAUGAGUCGCAAAUAGGCGGCGUCAUCCUUUUUGCCGAGGCGAAACCCGACGCCUUCACGAUUUCCAUUCAGGGUUCGUUGAAAAGUCGAUACGGUGACGGGGCGGCCGCUCUGGCCGCAAUCGGAGAUGGGACGUCGUACAAUACCAAAAUCGAUGGCACAGAAUGGAUCAUCAACACGGCUGUAGUUGAGAUGAGCACGAGAGACCAAGAUCGAUUCUUGGUCGUCGCCGCUGUUCCUCACAGUGAGAUUUACGGAGUCAUUGACAGCGCCCGCAAGCGCAGUUUGGGAAUGAGCAUUGGAAUCGGUGUGGGCGUGGCGGCGCUCAUUGCUACUGUUUUCGUCUUCGUCACGUUGCCUUUGUCGCGCCUAGCAGCUCAGAUGGCGCAGCUCACCAAAUUGGACUUUGGCACACUCGAGUCAUCGGGCGCUCUGGAACGGAGGAGCAUCAUUUGGGAGCUUCGCAAGGUUCAGACGACCUUCGCCACCAUGGUCCGCGCGUUUGCGGGGGCCAUCAAGAAGAACAAACAAAUGGCUGGCGGAGGAGCCUUCAGCGGCACAACUUCGGUCACUCCCAAAACAAAUACCAGCAGCAAGCUAGGAUCUAGCAGUUUGGCCCUGGGACGGAAGUAGUUUGAGAAUCUACAGCGAAGGGAGGCAGACGUAUCAUGAUUUUCUUGAAGUGGUCCAACGCUAGCCAUAUCAACUCUGUGCAAAAGUUGCAAACAUCAUUGCCGUUUUCUGUGAAUAGUGUGAUGUAUUCCAAGACGCCAAUCGGCCGGAGGAUG